AUGUUAGACAAGUACGACCCUUCUACCUGCAAUAACCAGUUCUGCAAUACCAAUGGUAUCAGAAUGCAUUAUGUUGAUGAAAACCCUUCUUCCAAGGAAGUAUUGCUUCUCAUCCAUGGUUGGCCUGAUCUCUGGCUUGGAUGGAGAGAGCAGAUUGGAUUCCUUGUAAAUCUUGGCUACCGUGUAGUAGUUCCUACUCUUCGGGGCUUCGGUGAAACGGAAUCACCAGCCGAUCCUUCUCUGUACGGAUUCAAAACAGCAUGCAAAGAUAUUGUUGGUCUCUUGGAUCACUUGGAGAUCCCCACCGUCACUACAAUUGGCCAUGACUGGGGAGGGUUCGUUGUGUGGCGUUUCUCUCAGUUCUAUCCCGAGCGCGUAAAGGCAAUCGCAAGUUUCUGUACUCCUUACGGUCCUAGACCUCCCGUCAGACUGACUCUUGAGCAAGUCGUCCAAAACUUGCCCAAUUUCAAAUACCAGCUCUAUCUUUGCACACCCGAAGCCGAACAAGAGAUUAACGCUUACCCUCGAGAAUUCUUUACCGCUUUGUUUAGAACCGUUAAUGAGCAAUCAGGCCGGAAAUUAUUAGACCUUAAAACAGGAAAAUUGGUCGAAGGCCGUCCAGCCGUGAAAAAGAGUGAUUUGGUUCCUCAGAAGGUGUUGGAUCAUUAUGUUGAAAUGGUUAAAAAGCACGGCUCACGUGGAGGUUUGAACUGGUACAAGCAAGUCUUAAGAAAUUGGGAUGAAUCCGAGGGAUUAGAUCCCAUUAUCACAAAGCCGUCCUUGAUGGUACUCGCAGAGCGUGAUGUCGCCUUACCUCCUUCAAUGGCUGCAAACAUGAAAAACUAUGUUCCUAAUUUAGAAACACAUCUUGUUAAAGACGCUGGCCAUUGGAUCCUUUGGGAGAAACCAGAAGAGUGCAACCGUAUUCUUGCUCAUUGGCUAAAGAGCUUAAAUAUUGUACCUUCCAAAAUCUAAUUAUCACGCAUAAAUGUCGAUACUUUCCUUUCAUCCUUUUCUCGGUUAUAUUGUGAAUUCAUGAAUAAAGUACACUGAAACUAU